AUGAUCUACCUGUUCUACGUGUUUGACCGGCACUGCGACUGUAUCUACGACCGGCAAUUCGCUGGGUCGGGCAGUAUCAACAAGAACAACGACCUGAACUCGCUGAAGCUCUUGUUCGGCAUGCUCUACUCGCUCAAAAACCUCUGCGCCAAACUCGUCGCCAACAACACCCUCAAACUGUUUUCGUUGGGCGAGUUCCGCCUCCAUUUUUUCGAGCUGGCAACCAACUUCAAGUUUGUGCUUGUUUCAGACGCCAGCGUCGAUAACUUGCAACAGGUGCUCUAUACUCUCUACGGCAAGUACUUUGUUGAACACGUCGCGCUUAACCCGCUCCUGCCCGUCGAGUUCGGCUCCGGCUACAUCCGCAACCUGAAUUUCAUCAAUGGCAGCGACGCAUACCUUAAAACGGUUGGCUAG